AUGUCUUUCGUGCUCCCAACAGAACGUAACGUGGUUUAUUCCUAUUUCCAAAAGUUCGAUAAAGAUAAUUCCGGUCAUAUCAAUCUCAAAGAACUUAACGAUCUUUUGAUCGAUCUCGGAUUCAAAGUCGAACAUGUCACCAAUGACAAUGUCAAACAAUGGAGAGAUCCAAAAAAGAAAGAAGUCAUUGCGAUCGCAACUUUAAUUGACAAGGAUCAUUCGAAAUCCAUUUGUUUUGAUGAAUUUUAUAGUUGGUGGGUCAAAUUGAGUGGAGAUGGUUUUUCCAAGUUGGCCAAAAGAGUGAAAGUGUUGACCAAUGCUUUUGAAGCUUUCCAAAAAUUCGAUACGGACAAGAGUGGAUUUUUAGAUUUUCCAGAAGAAUUUAACAAAUUUUAUGAUGAAAUGUUGUCUGAUGAAAAUGUUUCAAAGGAAGAAGUGAUGAAAUCUCUUGAUCGUGAUGGAGAUGGAAAGAUUACCUUCCAAGAAUUGGUGGUUUCACUUGGAAUUUUAAAUAAUUAA